ACACACACACACACACACACAUUGUCUAUGUGACACACAUUCUGUGCAUAUUUUCACUGACACACACAACACAUAAGAACGCUAUCACUGAGGCCUGCCCCCCCAACCCCUACACACUCAUACCAAUCGCAGAGAGUGCUUUGUGCAUUCACUGACUGGCUGGGCAGUUACUGGAGAGAGAGAGCAAGACUGGUGGGAGGGGGAAGAUGGAGACAGCAAGACACAGAAAUAUUAGAAAGAGAAGCAGACAGAUAGAGAAGAAGGAGAAAUUAAUACUGGGGGGGGGACAUUAGAGACAGAUCCUAACUGGUGGGAAGACAGACUGAGCAGGGCAGGAAGGAGAGUACAGAAAUAGGAAGGGAGCCGGGAAUUGUCCAGUAGAGAGGAAGACAGGGAGUUGUUGUUGUUAAAGAGACUGAGAGGAACUGAUGGGAUGGCAUUGAUCUCUGGGAGCUGCCGACUCCUGGGCCAGAUGGCGUCUUGUUGCUGCAGACCUCUCCUCAGCUCCUCCUGUUGCGGACCGCUCAUCAAACUGUGCCUCUCCUCAUUCACAGACAUCUCUCCUGCCGAACUGGAUGCUCUAUGGAGGGAACCGCCAUAUACUCUCGGUGGAGCUAAUGAACACUUCCCAGGAAAUGACAUCAUGACUCAAGGUGCUGGUGAAGAGGAGGAUGUUGCAAUAGUAAUAUCAGGUGAAGGUACGGUGGAGCCUGACAGUUACUGGAAGAAGAGGAAGGAGGCCUUCCUUAGAGGAAGUACCGUGUCACUGGGAGACAAAUUCUCUUCAGAAAUCGUGCUACUGUUCACCGGACGACGGCGUUCCAGUGCAGAUUCUGACCGGACCCUCCAGGAGGCGCUACGCACACGACUCCGAGUGGUGGAGAGCAACAGCCAGGACGUCAUACAGCUCUUCAAAGACUUGUCUGCACGUCUGGUCUCUGUCCACGCUGAGAAGGAUAGCUUUGUACUCACAUUCAAAACUGUAGAGGAAAUCUGGAAGUUUUCAACAUACCUUGCACUAGGCUAUGUGGCUCGUUGCUUGGAAAACUUCCUCUGCGAUCCGUCAUUCUGGUUGGACCCAGAGCUGCUCAAUGACUUGCAGAUCAGUGUGACGGUGGAUGAGGAACAUCUGGCCACACUGUACCUUGGACUUUUACUCCAGGAAGGAUCCUGCUUUGCUAAGGCGCUGUUCACCAGAGCCGACAAUGACGAGGAUGAGGAGCAGCUGUCGUUCCAAAAGAAUGACCUCUUGGUGGUGAGGGACACGGGGCAGGACGACAUGUGGGAGGGCACCUUGCUCACCACAGGAAACCAUGGCAUGGUGCCCGUCACUGCCAUGCAGCCCCUGCCCUACCCGUUCUAUCAGUGGUUCCUGAAGAAGUACCCAGUCUAUGCUGGAUGCUCACAAACAGAAAGGGAACCAUUUGAGCAUCCUAUCGUGACUGGCUCCUGUGUGGCAGUAGCUGACUACAGCCCAGUGGGACCAGAUGAGCUCCCGCUCAGCCAAGGUGACGUUGUGGAGAUCCAGGGUCUGUUGCUCCGAAGCCUGGGUGUUUUCAUAGGACGACACACUUCAACUGGAUGCCGCGGCUUUGUUCAAAUAGCUCACGUCAAGCCUCUCAAUACUGCACCCUUAGAUGGACAAUUGGUCUUUCUAACCGAGGAGGAGAAAGCCAGCCUUGCUCAGGUUAACCCUUGCAGUUCUGAGCUGAGCGACAGCGGCCUGCUGGAAAGGCUUUUCUCGACUGACAUCAGCUCCGUUUACAGGCUAGAUAGGCUGGAUGAAACCGACUUCAUGUACAUUAGGAGUCGGCCAAAACAUGAUCUUAAAGGCCUUACGAGCGCUCGUCAAAGCAUCAUGUCAGAGAGAAGUGGAGUCACACCCACCCACCAGUCGUCCCCUCGCCAAUCGCUCUCUCGCUCCUCUCCUCAUCUGUCCCUCUGUCACUCUCUCAACCCUCUGCCACGAGAGGGAGAGCGCCUAUCCUUCACCCUGGAUGACACAUUCAGAGAACUGGACGAGUUCCAGGAAGAUCCUCCUCUUUUCUUGGAAGAGAACAGCUGGGAUGGGGAGGAGUCAGAGAGCAGUGACCCUACACUGACUCUACUCAACCAGGAACACUUCCAGGAUGCUUUCUUGCCCCUGUAUGACCUGCAGUAUUCCUUCCUGUGGGUGACUUUCAGCGGCAAGACUGAGGACGAGCUGUCAGGUCACCUUGAGAGUGUCAGAGAGUGUGCCAAGAGAAUGGGAAUGCACUGGGCGCAUCGGCGGGCAUGCUUUCUCCUGGGGAGACUAUGUGCCAGGAAGCUAAAGUUCUCACAGGCACGUGUAUACUACGAGGAAGCUCUGAGCGUCAGUGUCGACAGCUUCUCUGAUGUUCAGCUCCUGGUUGCCCUCUUCACAAACCUCACUGCUAUUUACCUGAAGCAACGCAUGACUGACAAGCUGCCCCAGACUCUGGAGAAGGCCAGCGCCCUGCUCCUAUGCCUCCCCUGUCGUUCCUUCACAUCGACCGAUGAAGUCGAACUGCUCAAGGUGCUCCUGAGGAGAUCGGUGGUGAUGGUGGACAAGCACCUGGAGGCUCGUAUCUGCUACCUCAUGUCCACCCUCUUCCUGCUACUCAAGAAGAGCGAUGACGCUCUUCCUUUUGUCGAGCGGCUCCAGUUUCUUUCGCUGACUCUGUCUGCCGCCGACGGGCAACCGAUAGCUCCUUUGGAUCUCAACUGGCUCCUCAGCUGGCUCUAUCACUGCAAAUACAUGCCUUACUUAGCACUUGCCUCGCUGAGCCUGGAUUCGAGACAGGACCACACUCUCUACAAUGUCUUUCAGAGGAUUGAAUUAUUUAUCAGGAACUCUGUUCGUUUGAACCCCUGCUGGAAGGAAGGAACCUCACUGCUCCCUGCUCAGAUCGUAGUUUACCUGCAGCAGACUCUGGCAAUAGCCGAGCGCGGGGAUGACAUGAAGAUCCAAAGGGACCUGUGUUUGGGCUUGGCCUCAGUUUACCAGCAGUACGGCGCUCUUGAUAAAGCACUGCACUGUGCUCAACGAGCUGUGGAGAAAGGAGGCCACAUCAAUGAGGAGGAGGGAUUUGAGGCAUCUGUGUUGCUUGGGUGGUUGCUGGUGUUGACAGGCCAGGCUGAGAAGGCCCAGAGUGUUCUACAACCACUGCUCACAUCACUACAGGGAACAGACAGUCCCACUCAGCGAGGUGUGAUCCAUAACCUGCUGGCUUUGUGUCUGAGGCGUCAGGGUCGCAUCCCAGAGGCAGGAUGGCACCUCCACUCUGCCUUGGUAAUCUCCAGAGAAAAUGGAAACCAAAGGAAUCAGGCCCUGGCACUUGCCAACCUGGGGUGUCUGGCACUGGACGCGGGGGCGUCUUUGAUUGCAGAACGCUUCCUGGUCAGAUCCAUGUGCCUUUUUUGGGAUCUCUGGGAAAGCCCGACAGAUGAGGAGCACGUUCAAACCUACCUGUGGCUGGGGCGUAGCUACAAAGACAGGGGGCGGAGUCAGGACAUCAGGGCAUGCUAUGAAAUUGGGUUACUAAUUGCACUACAUGCCAAAAACCUGCACAGUCAGAUGGUGGUGGCCAAGGUGCUGAGCCGACUGUAUGCUGACAUGCUGCUUUAUGGUCAGAGCAUUGUCUACUAUGAGCACUGUGUGUCAGUGUCCAGAGAACUGAAGGAUAAGAGACUGGAGGGGGAGUAUCUGGAAAAGCUCAGUAGCCUCUACCUCACACUCAACGAUGAGAGGUCAUCUCGUAAAUCUCUCGACUACACCAAACAAAGCUUGAGAAUUUCUAUCGAUCUGGGAAAGAAGGAGGAAGAGUCUGAGACCUGGCUACAGGUCGGACGCAUUUAUUAUCUCGUUUAUGAGGAUGAGUUGGCUGACAUGUAUUUACAGGCAGCAGUAAAGACAGCCUUAAGGAUGAAUGACCCUCACUUUGCCAUGAGCAUCUAUGAGGAGGCAGGAGAUGUUUACUUUAAAGGUCACAGGAACCGGAUGGCUUCACUGCCGUUCUACAGGGAUGGGAGUCUGCCGUUUGCGAGGAGCAUCGAUGACAUCCACUCAGAGUUUCGAUUGUUAAGUAAACUCACAGACCUGCUGAUAAAUGAAAAGGAGCACGAGGAGGCUCUGCAGUACGCAACACUGGCUGUCCAGGUCGCCAGCAAAACAGGAGUGAGUGUGAAUGAGAGGAGUGCUUACCAUCGAUUAGCUACAAUUUACUACAGUCUGGAGCAGUAUGAGAUGGCAGAAAACUACUACCUGAAGUCGCUGUCACUGAGUCCGCCUGUCCUACAGCACCCCAUGGAGGCUCGCUACUACACCAAGGUCUACUGCAGGCUGGGAAACUUCACUCUACACAAACUCAAGGAUGCUUUUGAUGCAGUGGGCUACUUCCAGCUGGCUCUGGCAGCAGCACUUGAGGACCAAGCUAACCCUGAGGCUCUGUAUGUGGUGUACAUGAAGCUGGCCGAGAUCCAUGGCAACCACAUGCCCGAUGCUGAGCUGUGCCAAGUUUACAGAGACAGAGCCCAGAGUCUGAAGAGAGUUUUGGCUGGAUUGGAAGGCACUGCUGUUGGACAGGAAAACAAAGAUGAUGCAGAUAGAGAGGCCGUCCAAAAUAUGGAAAGGAACUUGGAUGCUGACGUGGGAUAUACAGAAAAUUUGGUUAAGUCGAGCUCCUCUUUUUAUUCUAUACCUGAAAGUGUGACGAGUGAAGAUGACUUGGCUCCAAGAACUCGUAGGAUGCACGUGAAAUCAGACAACAGAUGCACAGACGCUAAUCUUAGAUUAGGUGCUAAUGGGAAAACCUACCAUAACUAUCUUCCUGACUCAGUGGAUGUGUCUGGCUCUGAGACAGAUACCAUCGCCAGUCAGUCGUACACUGAGAGCAUUUUCACGGAGUCCUUCGAUACAGCCAAGGAGGACAUGUCAGACUCCAGCAGCUCUACUGACACUCUACAAACUCACCUGAAGCCACCUGAACAUAACAUUCCCACUCAAAUACCUGUUAAUCGCACAAGUGAUGUCACAGGAGACGCACAGUCCAAAGACGCUGAUUCUGAUACUCAGGAUGACGAAAACACCCUCACUAAUGAGACUCCAGCUCAAACAGAGCCUGGUACUGACCAGCGUGUUGUUAUAAACAAUGAUGAAGCUCUAAGAGAGGGCAAAGAGAGAAAUGGUUGUGAGACUGGUGGCGCUCACGGUUAACACGCUGACGGAGGCACAUAGUCUUUCUCCCUUUACGGAUCUUGCCGGCUUUUGCUUCAUCAGGUCACAUGUGUCUUGGCAGGGAAAAAGCCACAGGGCACAAACCCAAUACUGUAAAUCUAUGAGACAAUUCGCUGAUUUAGAGCAUGUUCGUUCUGUCUUAUGCAAUCACAGGGCACUGUGCUUGCAAUAUAUGUUUUGUACAUUUUUGUAUCUCUGGAAGAUAUGACACAAACAUAAAAAAAAGUGUUAUUUUCUUUGCUGAGUGUUGAUUUUUAUGUGGUUGCCCAAUCAAAUAAGAGAGGAAUAUGCAGAGUAUGUGCAUGUUUCCAUAAGGAAGAACAGAUAUAAAACAUGAAUAAUAAUUACUGCUCAUUUAUACUACCAGCUGUUACUGCUAUAAUGGUUGGUAGUAUUAAUGAUUCUUUGUGGUAGCAUUUCAUGGGCAGUGCCACACAUUCCAGUAUAUGCAUACAUAUAUAUAGUUAGGUUUCCUAGAAACCAUUUCAAAACAAAGUUAAGUGUGAUAUGCUGUAAAUGUAGAGGAAGUUUUAAACAUAAGCAGAAGUAUGUCUGAGUUCUUUAAAUACAAGGUUAGAUAAAAAUCAUUUGCAUACAGGUGACACGUGCGUUAUUCAGCAGCUUACUUUCCUUAAUGGAAGGUACAAAACCAACCUGAUGUCAGAAAGAAAUCACAAUGUUCCAGGUGAGAUUUUAUGCCUGAAACCAGGCAAAAAGAGGACAGAAGAGUAAAUGGUGUGAGAAAGUGAUCCCGAAUGCUCUGCAGCUUCCCUGCAGUGUAUUCCAGUAUAUUUUGUCCCUGUGGCUUUGUUUCUUAUUUGUGUUUUGGUUGAUAGAAAGACCACCAUAAACUGAUGCAGACUAGGCACAAUUUGGUGAGGAAAUUGUGAAAAUAUGAAGGUUCUGAUGCUCCCUGUGUUGAAAUUGACCUUAUUCCUGUUGUGUUUAUUGUUAUAAUGGAAAUGCAAAAGAAGGAAUGAAAGAGAAAAUGGUGCAUUUGUUUACCAUAAUGUUGUCUUCAUUGGGUUUAUGUCACAGUGCUCAAGUAAGUUUCUGUUUUUUGACAACCGUGAAGUGCUCUUAGAUGGCAAAGAGCAUGCUCACAGCAGCUCACUUGAUCAGUUAAGUCUCGAGCAGGCCAGUUUGAUUGAGAUUUAGCAAUGGCAGGAGGAAUGGAUCCAAGUGACCUCAGCGUUUCAGGAGGGAUCUUGGCCACAAAUGCUUUUCGACAGAGUAGUGUGUCUUUGAAAACUGUGAUCUUAAAAAACGUUUUAAUUUAAACCUGUAGGAGUAGUAGAUGGUUAAAGAACUGGUUUUAAUAUAGCGGUUUUCUGCUGGAGCACUCAAAGCACUUUAUGCAACAUGUCUAUCUAACAAUGACAUUCCUAUGAACGCAUCUAGAGCAACUUGAGGUUCAGUAUCUUGCCAAUGAUACUUUGGCAUGUAGACUGGAGCAGCCAGGGAUCGAACCACCAACCUUCCAAUUAGCGGGUGAGCUGCUCUGCCUCCUGAGCCGGAGGCACGAACUGUAUAUCGCAUUAAUGCGACAUAAAAGGAAAAGAGAAUAUCUUCCUCGGGUGACUAAGAAGGUGAAGAAUGGAUUCAGACUGUAAGCAAGAACAUCCAUAAGCAGAAGAAGCAGAUGGAUAACGUCAUCUGGUUGGGCUGCAUAAAGCCAUCAUAACAAAGAUGAAUGCACAUUUGAGAGUUCAGCUGUGCAAAAGCCAUUGAUACUCGUCAACAGUGCCUUGUCACCUCACAAGAAAGCUCCUAUUUUGCCUUUCUGCGUGGUUUGUAUGUUCUCCCUGUGCCUGUGUGUCUUUCUGGAUGGAUAAAAGGAAUGGAUGCAUAAAACCCAUCCAUAUUUCAUUGACAUUCUUAGUCCAGAGACAUGGAUGUUAGGCUAACCAGUGAUUAUCAUUCUGAAUUAGAAUGAAUGUGGUGUGAAUGAAGGCUGUGUACAGUAUAAUUUCCCUUAAAUGUGAUUUGUAAUCAAAGUGCUCUGAAUGGUCAGUAAGACCAGAAAACAGAGUGCAUUAAAUUGUAAAGGUCCAUAUAUUUGUUAUAAUAUAAAUGAUAUAAGAAUAGGUUUUGUAUUAAUCAGCUGAAACUUUAGUCAGCAAAUUAAAAAAUAAAGCACCUGAUCAUAAUCAAGUAUUUAUUUAUAUAAUGCACAAGUUUCCAUUUGGUGAAGUACAAAUAAAAAAAAAUAAUUCAAAGUAAAUAUUAAAAGUCACUAAUAAAGUUGUCUUUACAUCAA